AUGGAGUGUGGAAAAAGUUUCACUGACAGUGGAAAACUUAGAACACAUCAACGGACUCACAUGGGCAAGAAACGAUUUCAAUGCACAGAGUGUGGAAAGAACUUCAGUCAGAGGGGACACUUAAAUUUACAUCAACGGACACAUACAGCUUCAAGCACAGUGGACAGCUCAACUCACACAGGGGAGAAACCAUAUAAAUGUACGGAGUGUGGAAAGACCUUCAGUCAAAUUGCGCACCUUAGAACACAUCAACGGACUCACACAGGAGAAAAACCAUUCAAAUGCAUGGAGUGUGGAAAGAGCUUCAGUCAGAUUGGAAACCUUAAAUUACACCAACGGACUCACACGGGUGAAAAACCAUAUAAAUGUAUGGAGUGUGGAAAGAAUUUCAGAUUUAGUGGAACCCUUAGAACACAUGAAGAGACUCACAUAAGUAAAAAACGAUUUAAAUGCAUGGAUUGUGGAAAGUAUUUCAGUCAGAGUGCACACCUUAGAACACAUCAACGGAUUCACACAGGGGAGAAACCAUUCAAAUGUAUGGAGUGCGGAAAGAGCUUCAGUGACAGUUCAAGACUCCAUUUACAUCGACGAACACACACAGGGGAGAAACCAUUUAAAUGUAUGGAGUGCGGAAAGAGCUUCAGUCAGUUUGGAAACCUUAGAACACAUCAACGGACUCACACAGGGGAGAAACCAUGUGAAUGUAUGGAGUGUGGAAAGAGCUUCAGUCAGAUUGGAAAGCUUAGAAUACAUCAACAGACUCACACUGGGGAGAAGCCAUUUAAAUGUAUAGUGUGUGGGAAAAGCUUCAGUUUCAAUGCAAACCUUAGAACACACCAACGGACUCACACAGGAGAGAAACCAUUUAAAUGCAUGGAGUGCGGAAAGAGCUUCAGUCAAACUGCACACCUUAGAACACAUCAACGGACUCACACAGGGGAGAAACCAUAUAAAUGUAUGGAGUGCGGAAAGAGCUUCAGUCAGAGUGGACACCUCAAUAUACAUCAACGGACGCAUACAGGGGAGAGAUCAUUUUAAUGAAUGGAGUGCGGAAAAGUUUCAGUAAGAGUGAAAAUCUUAGAGGAAGACAUCUACAGAUACAGAGGGGGGAAAGCACUUAUGGCUUCAGUCAGAGUGAAACCCUUUAUUUACGUCAACAAACUCACACAAGAGACAAACCACAUAAAUGUCAAGAAGAACUUUAAGGGUAGAGGUUCAGUCCUAUUGGAAGUCCUACAUCAACAGAGCCAGUGUGGUGUAGUGGUUAAGAGCUGUAGACUCCUAAUAUGGGGAACCAGGUUUGCGUCUCCGCUCCUCCACAUGCAGCUGCUGGGUGACCUUGGGCCAGUCACACUUCUUUGAAGUCUCUCAGCCCCACUCACCUCACAGAGUGUUUGUUGUGGGGGAGGAAGGGAAAGGAGAAUGUUAGCCGCUUUGAGACUCCUUCGGGUAGUGAUAAAGCGGGAUAUCAAAUCCAAACUUUUCUUCUUCUUCUUCACGGUCAGGAAUAACUUUAAGAGCUGAGGCCCUACAAACCAACAACAAACUCAAAGAUGAGAAGCAGUUUAGAUGGAAACAUCGCAGAAAGUGCUUUAGUUACAAUGGAGUGUUUAUGAAACAUCUAGGGAGAUCUAAAGGGGAGAACCCUAAUAGAUGUAUGGAGUGCUUAUAUGUAAAACUGUAUAGUCAUGAAAUAAUGAAGGUAAUGUCUCACAACAGUGAUUAUAAUUUUAUAUGUAAAGUUCAUUUUGAUAGAGAGGGGGAAUCUAGAUUGCUGGUGAUGAGGAUCAGUGCUUUGUAAAGCAAUUGAUAUUGCAAUACGCCGUGAAUCACAGUGUGUGUAUCUGGGAUGUGCCUGGAAGCAGGAGGCAGAAAGUUUUUCUUCAUGAAGCCCCUGCAGAUGGCGAGUUGCUGACUUCCCUCCCAGAUGACAGGAAGCGAAACACACACAUCCAUUGCCCUGUGUCAUUCCAGCCUCUUUCCUCCCCUCUGCAGGUGUGUGUUCCUGCUAUCCUGUGUGCUGUAUUUUUUUUCUGCUGAAACUGGAUUUGCUCUCAGGAGCUAAGUUUUGUGCCUCACUGGGGACCCAGUGAGAACUGUAUGCUUUGAAAGCUCAGUCAAGUAUUACUGAAGAAGUCCUGCUGCCUCUGUGUGUGUUUUUGACCUCAGUGUGGGACUUGCUCUACAUGUGGCCCCUACCCUGAUGCUACUUGGCUCAUGCCCUGGAGUUGCUCUACUCAAACAUUCAAGACGGUUU